AUGGGAUCUGGUUUAAACGACACGCUAUCUCGGAAUUACAGUGGUUUAGAGCUAUGGGAGAUAAUAGUGAUUGCUCUCUCCGUGAUUUUCGUUGUAGUUUUAGCUAUGUCUCUAUGGCUUACUUUCAGAAGAAAGAGAACUAGAUCUUCUUCAAAUCAAAUCCCUGUGAGCCGCCAGAUUCCUCCUAAUGUUCCUGAAGAGAUCAAAGAGAUUAGAGUUGAUGAGGUUUCGUCAAGCAAUGGUGGUGGUGGUGGCAAUGGAUAUCCCUCUAUCAGUGAGAAGUUUGGAGAUAAAGAGCCUGAGAAGGGAUUAAUCGCAGAGUCGGAGAAUGGCGACAGUAGCCGGUCAGGCUCGUUUACUCACACGGAGAAGAAAGAUGGAUCGAGUGUGUCUUCUGCUAAUCCUUUGACAGCUCCAUCUCCAUUGUCUGGUCUUCCAGAGUUUUCUCACUUAGGAUGGGGGCAUUGGUUCACUCUUAGAGAUCUUCAGAUGGCUACGAAUCAGUUCUCGAGGGAUAAUAUAAUCGGUGAUGGCGGUUAUGGAGUUGUUUACCGUGGUAACCUUGUUAAUGGUACUCCUGUUGCUGUCAAAAAGCUCCUCAACAAUCUAGGACAAGCUGACAAAGACUUCAGAGUAGAAGUGGAAGCUAUAGGUCACGUUCGCCACAAGAACUUGGUCCGUCUUCUCGGAUAUUGCAUGGAAGGAACGCAGAGGAUGCUGGUGUAUGAGUAUGUGAACAAUGGAAACUUGGAGCAAUGGCUUCGUGGAGACAAUCAAAACCACGAGUAUCUAACAUGGGAGGCACGACUAAAAAUUCUUAUCGGAACAGCCAAAGCGCUUGCGUACCUUCAUGAGGCGAUAGAGCCAAAAGUGGUGCACAGAGACAUAAAGUCUAGCAACAUUCUGAUUGAUGACAAAUUCAAUUCUAAGAUUUCUGACUUUGGACUUGCGAAGCUGCUUGGCGCUGAUAAGAGCUUUAUAACUACUAGAGUUAUGGGUACCUUUGGUUAUGUAGCUCCAGAGUAUGCGAAUUCGGGGCUUUUGAAUGAGAAAAGCGAUGUCUACAGCUUCGGAGUUGUGCUCUUGGAAGCUAUAACUGGUAGAUAUCCAGUUGACUAUGCUCGUCCACCACCUGAGGUACAUUUGGUGGAAUGGCUGAAGAUGAUGGUUCAGCAAAGACGAUCAGAAGAAGUGGUUGACCCGAACCUCAACACAAAACCAUCUACGAGUGCCUUAAAGAGAACACUCUUGACUGCUCUGAGAUGUGUUGAUCCAAUGUCUGAGAAACGACCGAGGAUGAGCCAAGUUGCUCGUAUGCUCGAGUCCGAGGAAUAUCCAAUUCCUAGAGAGGAUAGAAGAAGACGAAAGAGUCAGAACGGGGCAACAAGAGAUUCAGAUCCUCCUAGGAACAGCACAGACACUGACAAGAGUGAGUACCUUGACCUAAAGCCUGAAGCUGGAUAG